GUUUUACUCAAUAUCAAACUAAUACAAGUUUAUUAAACACUUAUAAUAAUUCGAUUAUAGAAUUGUCUACAGGUGUUACUCAAAAUGAUGAGAAUCAAAUUGAUUGUAAUUCAUCUUUAGAAUGGACAGCUUGCUUUACUCAAGAUCAGACUAAUACAAGUUUACUAAAUAUUUAUAAUGCUCAACAUUGUGAGGAGCAAAUUAAUACUUUACAACAUGAUAUAAAAUCAGUUAAAAAGAAUGAACAUCCAGUUUCACUUGUCUCUAGGCGUAAAAGAAAAAUAAAUCCAAAAUGCAAGAAAUGUAAUUUAAGAAAACAUUACUACGAUAUAAAUCUCAAUCUAUGUAAGGAUUGUUAUGGGGCCUCAAUACGAAUUUUAAGUGGUAAUAAAUUAAUAGACGAUUUUAUCGAAUCAACGCAAACUUUUUAUAAAAACUGUAGAAAUAGAUCAAAAUUAGAAUUUAUUCCAUAUAAACAAUUUACUAAUAUCGAAUACCUUGCUAAAGGAGGGAUUAGUGUAAUAUAUAAAGCAAAAUGGGUUGAUGACCUACAUUAUUUUUUAAAUAAAAGUACUUUACCCUGGCUAGGAAAAUUACAACUAUUACAUAGAAUUUCAAUAGGACUUAAUUUAGUGCACAAAAAUAAAAUUAUUCAUCGUGAUCUUUAUAGUGGCAAUAUUCUUAUUAACUGCUAUUACGAUAAAUCAAUGAUUGCAGAUUUAGGAAUAAGCAAACCAAUAAAUGAAUUAUCAGAUAAGAAUGCAAUCUAUGGUGUUAUUCCGUAUGUUGCACCAAAGGUGUUAAAAGGAGGAAAGUUUACACAAGCUUCAGAUAUUUAUAGUUUUGGUAUGAUUAUUUGGGAGGUAAUAAGUGGCUGUAGGCCAUUUUCUGAUCGUAAACAUGAUGAAUAUCUUAUUCUGGAUAUUCUUAAUGAUUUAAUUGAAUUAAUGGAAACAUGUUGGCAUCAGGAUCUUGAAAAAAGAAAAUUCGCAAACCUAGAAAAAAGAAAACUUACAAUUCAAGAAAAAGCAAGUUUAGACUGGUAUAAACUAAAUGAAUUGAAAGCGGAAUUGAAAGUGGAACAGAGAAAUGAUGGUCUGGCUAAUGCGUUAAAUAAACUUAUUAAAAAAGCAGAUAAAGGUGAAAUAAAAUUUCCAGAAAAUAUAGAUACAAGUAUUUUGCCAACUAAAAUAAAUGAUCAAGCAAUUUACUCUAGUCGACCAUUAACUCAAUUGAUUAGUAAAGCAUUGACUUUACAAA